GCAACGGCCAGCUUGGGUGCCUGUCUGUAUAGUUGGGGAACGACUUGAGCUAAUUGUCUAUGUUGUUAUCGUGAUCGAGGGCUUGAAACUCAAAUUCACUUCUCCGUCCGGGCAACUUGUUAUGUAGGUCGCGAUUAUACCGUUUCUACGCUCGUCCCACGAUAAGGUUGAACGAAGGAUGCCGAUCCAUCACUUGAUGAUAGGAACGUGGACUCCACCCGGAGCCAUAUUCACUGUAGCUUUUGACGAUGAGAAAUUGACAUUAGAGCUGGUGAAGAGAACCGAGAUCCCUCAUGACGAACCCAUCUCUUGGAUGACUUUCGAUCAUGCCAAGAAGAACAUAUACGGCGCGGCCAUGAAGAAAUGGUCCAGCUUUUCUGUCAAGAGUCCAGCCGAGAUCGUCCACGAGGCCUCGCAUUCAAUGAACCACGACCCUCAAGCAAGCCUGUCCACUACCAAUACUCGCGCCAUCUUUCUGCUCGCCGCAAAGCAGCCCCCAUACGCCGUUUACUGCAAUCCAUUCUAUUCACAUGCCGGCCAUGGUUCCGUAUUCUCCGUGUCGUCAAGCGGCGCUCUUGAUAAGGAUAUACAACAUUAUCCAUACCAACCCAAUACGGGUAUUCACGGUAUGGUAUUCGACCCAACGGAAACCUACCUGUACUCGGCCGACUUGAGAGCCAACAAGCUAUGGGUACAUAAGAAAGCAGCGUCGGGAGAGGUUGACCUUGUGGGAAGCGUUGAUGCGCCGAAUCCAAAAGACCACCCGCGGUGGGUGGCCUUGCAUCCGUCGGGAAAUUACCUAUAUGCUCUGAUGGAAGCUGGAAAUCGACUUUGUGAAUACGUUAUCGAUCCGGCAACGCACAUGCCCGUUUAUACGCACCAUUCGUAUCCUUUGAUCCCGCCGGGAAUACCUAAACACGAUACCAUGUACCGCAGCGAUGUUUGUGUCCUCACUAAGUCGGGCGACUAUCUAUUCGCGACGAGUCGAGCCAAUAGUUUCGACCUACAGGGCUACAUUGCGGCGUUUCGGUUGCGGGACUGCGGGUCAAUCGAGAGACAGAUUUGCUUAAAUCCUACACCUACGAGCGGCGGCCAUAGCAAUGCAGUGGCACCAUGCGAUUGGAGCGACGAGUGGUUAGCGAUUACAGACGAUCAAGAGGGAUGGAUUGAGAUCUAUAGGUGGAAAGAUGAAUUCCUAGGCCGUGUUGCAAGAUGUCGGAUUCCGGAGCCAGGUUUUGGAAUGAACGCCAUAUGGUAUGACUAGGUAGAUAUACGCGCUUAUAUACCUAAUGUAUAUAUGUCAUGUCAAAUGCCGUAUAUAAGGUACGUGUGUGGUUAGUCUAUAUCGUUCAUGAUGAUCAGGCGUAAAGAAGACGAUGUGGUUGAUUGAUAACUGAGAUAUUUUGUACUUUUGAUAGGUAUUGUACCUAGGUACCUUAUACCUAAUUUAGGUAGGUUCAAUGUUGCAGUUGAAGCAGCUACCUAAGCUAAGGUCAGUCAAGGGUAGCUGCAGCCCA